AUGGGAAGCGGCACUCUGGAGAAAGAGCUCGCGGAGCUCAUCAAAUGCCUGGCCACGUACAAACCCAACGCCAUCGAGAGCAUGGAAAGCACAUACAGCGCGGCCGAUCGCCUCAUCUGCGCCGCUGCCGCAACGCCGCACGAGCAGCUACUCUUCCCGCCAAGCACGCUGGACAGCCUCGCUGGCUUGAUCACAAUGCAUGGAGGAGGCAGCCAGGUCACGAAGCUGUGCUGCCUCGUGCUGGGAGCUGUGCUGCAGGGCGAGCGUGCGCGCCAGCAGGCGCGGGCGCACGAGGCGACGCUCAGGGCGCUCAUGACGCUGCUGCCGAGCCGCGGACGGGUCCCGGAGGACGUGUGGACGGCGCCCAACGAGGCGGCCGAGAUGUACGCGGACCCCGCCGCACGGUCGAACCUCUUUGACGCUGUGCAGUGGCUGUUUGACCCGUGUCCCAUCCAUGACGUGUGCCCCUUGGAGGGCGAGGUUGGCUGCGCGGUGCUGCUGUCGACGCAGCUGUGCAUCGUCGCCAAUAUGUGCGAAGCAGCCGCUGUGGCCUGCGAUGCCCCGUUUUUGCGCCGUGUGAUGGCUCUGGACAUAUUCGAGGUGCUGUGCAAAGAGGCAGAGCUGCGCGCGCGCAGCGGUCUGAAACCUGCCAUGACCUUCAACGCCGUGUGCAUCCUGCAAGCGACCUCGACCGCUUGCGUCGAGUCCGAGUGGCGCAGCACCGUCCUGCGCGCCAUGCCGGGCGUGCUGCACUGGCUGGAGGAGGCCGCAAGAUCCGCCGGCGAGGCGGCCGACAGCCCGGAGGGCACGGCGCCCGGCGUAGCCUGCAAAGAGCAUGAAACAAAUCGCUGGAUGGCGGAGGAGGUGAUUAGGCGCCUCGCGCCAGAGGCGGCAGAGGCGGAGGGGCGCGGCGCCGACGUCGGAGACGCAGCUGCAGACUGCAUCAAAGCAGCGCCGGGCGCGGACGUCAGUGGGCCAGCGCCGGUGGCCGGCGGCUCGGGCGCCGCUGUUGGCGCCGGCGGCCCUUCGGCCCAGCAGCAGCCCCUGACGUGCAGCGUGUGCGGCAAGGUCCAGGAGCCGGACGGCCAGAGGCCCCACAUGUGCAGCGGCUGCCGCAAGCCGGGGCUGCGCUACUGCAGCCAAGCAUGGACACUGCAGCAGAAGAAGUCGGUGCGGCACGCGAAGCAGCAGUAG